ACUAGUAUAUUUUUAAUAGAAUGAAUUAAUCUUAAAAUACCUAAAUAUGGGAAAUACUAAUAGUAGAAAAUUAGACCCUCAAAUACCACCUCUAUAUUUUAAAUCAAAUGUUCAUGGUGAAAAUAUCAUAAUAUCAGAUGAUAAAAAAUAUGCUAGGCGUAUUCGAUCAUAUUGCAAAGGCAUUUGCUUUACAAAUCGUCCCAUCUUAAUGAAUGAAAUAUUAAGUGUUAAAAUCAUAGAUACAUCAGAUAAAUGGUCAGGUGGAUUGAGAUUAGGAUUUACAACAAUAGAACCUAAUGAAAAUCCAUUGUGCAAAAAUAAUGAUACCCUUCAAUAUAAUAUUCACAUGACUACAAUGCUACCAAAGUAUGCCUGCCCCACAUUAUCAAGUAAGUCUGGUAAUUGGAUAAAAGCUAUAAUAACUGAGUUUAUUGAGAGAGAUAACUGUAUAUCAUUAUGUAUUGAUAAUCAUGGUUAUGUUCAUCAUUGGAUUAAUGAAUUAUAUAAAGGAGUUUUUUUGCAGGGAUUGCCAAUGAAAAAUAAAUUUUGGGCAAUAUUUGAUAUAUAUGGUAACACUCUAUCAUUAGAGCUUAUAUAUCCUUCUUUUGUACACCUGCAUUCAUCAAAUAUUUCAUAUGACACACCAGAUCAAAUGAAAAUCUGUAUAAAUGAUUUAGAUAGAGGUUUUAAUAUGAGUGAAAAAUCAAAUUAUGGGGAAAACAUAAAACUUAGUUUAAAACAAUCAAAUAUCUUAAAUAUGGAAUCAAAGACUUUAAAAAUGAUCCCAUUUGUUGUUAAGGACAAAAAGAUUUUAUCACAUAUUUCCACUUACUAUAAUAUGGCAAAAGAUUCAAACGAUCCAUUAUUUUUUAUAUCAUUACCUUUUCACUCACACCCUUGUGCAAGGGGAAAAAAUGUCCAAUUACAUAGCCUCACUUUAAAUUCUCUUUCAAAUAAAAAACAAUGCUCCAAAUCUGUUAUAACUUUCAGCAAUAAUAAUAUUAAUUCUACAAAAUCAAACAAGGAAGGGAAUAACAUAAAUGAUUUAAUUAUUGCUUCGAGAUUUAAUAAUGAAUUUUGUAAUUCAUACGUUUUUACAGCAAGGCCUAUUGACUUAUACGAAAAGAUUAUAAUUAAAGUAUGCGGUGUGAAUAAUUCUUACGUUGGCUCUUUGGCAUUUGGAUUGACAUCAUGUGACCCAAGUAAAAUCAAUCCCAAAGGUUCCUUACCUGACGAAGCUAAUUUUUUAGUUGAUCGGAGUGAAUAUUGGGUUGUUAUGAAAGAUAUUAUAUCUAUAUUAAAAUUGGGAGAUGAAAUCGCUUUUUAUAUAGAUAAUAAGGGUCAAGUAAAUUUGGAAAAAAAUGGUUUCUUGAUUGGAAAUGUGAUAUAUGUUGAUAUAACCCAAUCAUUGUGGGCAUUUUGGGACUUAUAUGGCUCAAUUCAAAAUAUUCAUAUAUUAGGAUCGUAUCGUGUGACGUUUGAUAUUAAUCAACUUAAUUUGCAGCAAAAUGAAUCUGUUCAGUUUAGUUUUUCUGCCCCAUCAAUAAUUAACGAUUUGUUGAUAAACUCCGAGACUAACUCUUCUUCGUCUUUACCCCUAAAUAGGCAAAUAAAUAUCAAAAAUCGAGUCAAAAGAAAUUCCUAUAAACAAGUUGAUCUCGAGCAACCUAAGAUUGAUUCUUUAAUUCCCAAUGGAAUUUACGACAUAUCACCUCGUUUCGUCUAUGAUCUAAUUAACAAAGUUCCCACUACCCAGCUUCCUGAUAUUAGUGAUAAUUUACAAGCGAAUUAUAUUGAAACUAAAAGUCAUAAGAUAGUAAAUGGACUUGAUAUCAAUAAUCAUAUCGAUUUUAAUGUUGAAAUACCCACGAGCGUAUGUUCAAGGAGACCAAUAAAAAAUGAUAAGAAAGAGAGCACUUUGGAGACAAUAAAUGGGACAUUGUGCGAAGGAGUUAAUAAUAAAGAUACUUUGACUCCACUUUUGAGACGUGAACAAGAAUGUGUAGUGUGUUAUGAACCCAACGUAGAUUGCAUCCUUUAUCCAUGUGGGCACGCUUGUAUGUGUUAUGUAUGUGCAUCCCAAACUUGGAAAAUGACUUUACCAUCAAUUCAUACUUCAAUGCCAACCUAUACAACUUUUAAUAUGCCAUACAACUUGCCCUCAUUAGGUUUAUGCCCUAUAUGUAGGGAUUCAAUUAAGGAUGUUGUUAAAAUUUACUUGCCUUAAUAUUUACACUUUUAAUUUCAUAAAUGAGAUUACAUUUACACUUUUAAUUUCAUAAAUGAGAUUGUGCAUUUUUGUACCACGUAUUAAAAUUUAUAUUUAAGAAAAUGAUGUAUUCUAGUCUUCCUUUUUGCAUCUUCAAAAAAUUAUAAUUUAUAAAUAUGCCAAAUUUUUUAUUAUGAAUUAUAUAUAUAUAUAUUGUAAAAAUUAUGUAUAAAUAAUGGUACACAAUCAUAAAAAUCUAUAUAAAUUUUGAUAUUAUAAAAUUAAGCUAAUUAUAUAAUUAUUUAUAUAAAAUGUU